AACUGUUGGCUGCCUCCCCUAGGACCUCACCGAAAAAAAAAACCCCUAAGGCUAAGAGAACCAAACCGGGUCGUUGGUAAUUUUUUCUGGCCUCAAUGUUGCACGAGACUGCCUCGAGUCGAAUCCAAUUGUACACAUCUCAAUAUUGUCGUCCAACUCCGAGCAAACAUUGUAUUCUCAACACUUCGCCCAGAAGCCGAAACUUUCGAAUCGCGUGCCUGCUUUGCUUUGCUUCUAAAAAGUAUGUUUAUCAGUACAUACUAUUUCAUCUUUACCUGGACAAGGAUCCUUCCUCAUUCUGCUUCAGUGUUUGCUCGCUCUGUAACCAUGGCAUUACUCGAUUGAGAACGUUCGGCAUCAAAGGCGCUAAAGGCACAUUCUUGCGUGGCUUCCUUUCAUAUCUGCAAUCGAGCCUUGGAGAUACAACAGCCUUCUACCUACCUUCUACCUUGGGGUUAUACGAAUAUGUCGGGAACAUCGACCAAUCGUCCGUCUUGGAUUUUGGUUCACUCCCCUAUCCUGCAGCUAGCUCUUCCGCUAGUGAGUUUAUUCCCCAUAGCUCUGCUUCCCUCCUCCAGCAAGUGAUUCCCGUGCAAGAGGGGGUAUCCUGCGGCGAAAAUUGGGAUUUUCUGAUGCUAGACAUUACUGUUAACUAUGAGCUUGCGGGGCCAUCUACUGCGCUCCGUUCACAAUCAGAUGCCUCCCCUCACGAAACUCGUGGUGAGACUCUGAAAAAUGCUGCAAGUUGGAACGAGGAUGCUGUGAGUUGCCUUAGAAGUCUAGCUUGGAGUAUGGGAUACUGCCUUAUCCCUCGCGGAGCGGCCAUUCCUGGUGGUGGUGCUCUUGUAUAGGGGAAUUCGUUUGAGGCUAAGUGCCUUGUGUUUCCCUGCACGACUCAAUGAUGACAUGAAUUAUUCAUGUGGGUAGCAAUUCUCUGUA